AAAAGUCAGCGAUUUACGGUGCGACGUUUGUGUUUCCGCAUAGCUCGCGAUCCAUAUCGUAUCGCUCGCUUCCACGGGAUAGAUUCUGUUUCUGUCUCCGUAUCUGGAUCACAGUUGGAUCUAGCAUUAGAGAGUGUUGAAAACGGCUGUGUCGGAUUAGGAUAAAGCUCGGUGAAUUUUGACAAAUGGCUGAUUAGUGCGGAUCCGCUGAUCGGUCGUAAAUGCUCAAGGAUUGCCUAAGGGAGUGAAAAAAGGAGUGACCGGGCAGCAUUUUAAAUAUCGCGCUACCCUGGAUCUUGCAUGUCCCUGUAAUUAUUAAUUAGGUCCAUAUACAAUACGUGGAAUCACCUUGUUGAACCUGCAUAAACCGGGUAUUGCCAGUCAAGCCUCGCGGCACAUUCUGCGCUUUUUUCACUUAUUAUUCUCCGAAAGCUUUAUAAAAGCAGAAGCGACUUCCCGGUACACCAUUCUGCCAAUCGAUGUAUUCUUUGAACACCAGUUGGUCGUGGUAAUCGAAAAGAUUUCUGCCGCUCUCUGAACAUUUGGAUCAAAGCACAGGACUUCUUCGGUUUCCCUUCCAUAUAAACAUCAUGACAGCUUCUCACACGACCUCCAAUGCGCGUAAAUUUAAUUUUCUGGAGAACAUCCAUGGCGGUUUGGCGGCGGUACCGAGACAGUCGUUCAAGACUAAUCUCCAGGCUUGCGAAAACAUUAAUCAAACGGUGAUAAAAGGCAUCACACCACGUUCCCACGCGUUCCACAGCCCAGCGCCAACUGAAAACUAUCCCAGAAAGGUCAAGAAUUUGGAUGUUAAAGAGUGGAUUGCCUUCCUACCGGAAAACCAGCAAAUGAAAGAUAACCCGUUUACCGUGUUUCCCAGCGAUCACCCACCGAAUGAUGGGAAGCGUAACAGCAUCACCAUUGGCAGCUUUAGACCUCAUGCCGCGCCUGCUGGGUGACUGGGUCGUGAAUGUAGACUAAGCAGCUAACAGGCUCUGUAAUCCAAAAGUGCUUUCCGGUGCUAAUAUUCAGCUAACGCAACGCUGAUAAUUGUGAUUUAUUUUGGCUAGAUCAUUUGUGAUGCCUGUUACGUUAUUCGCAUAAAAUCAUCCCAUUAAAUUCCGAUUUUCUUUGGGCCAUAUUACUUCGGAAUUCCUGGCUUUUAGUACCGUAGUUCAACAAACAGCCGCAUGAUUUCUACUAUAGGAAAAUUUGGCUACGCAUUUUAUAAAUAACUUUAAAGAAGCGAAACUGAUUAACGUAAUCCACCGCUUCCAGCUCAGAUACUGCUGAUGUCGGAUAGCCUGGUGGAGUGCGUUGAGGCUUGAAUGUGUUUUAUUUAUAGCGCUGCUAUUACGGUUGUGUGGCAUGCAACUACCUGCAAGCAUCGGCCUUGAAGUUACCUGUUUUAUUUUACCUACAUUUUUACUGCAAUUUACCUUAUGCAUCUGUAAUC